AUGGCAGCAGGUGUAGCAGCAUGGCUGCCCUUUGCCAGAGCAGCUGCGAUAGGAUGGAUGCCAGUCGCCAAUUGUCCUAUGCCAUUGGCCCCAUCGGAUAAAAAUAAACGACAGGAUGAGCUGAUAAUUCUUAAUGUGAGUGGCAGGCGCUUCCAGACCUGGAGGACUACCCUGGAAAGGUACCCUGACACUCUGCUUGGCAGCACAGAAAAAGAGUUCUUCUUCAAUGAAGACACAAAGGAGUACUUUUUUGACCGGGACCCCGAUGUCUUUAGGUGUAUCUUAAACUUUUACAGGACUGGCAAACUGCACUACCCAAGAUACGAAUGCAUCUCAGCCUAUGAUGAGGAGCUUGCCUUUUAUGGGAUCCUACCUGAUAUAAUUGGGGACUGCUGCUAUGAAGAGUACAAAGACAGGAAACGGGAAAAUGCUGAGCGGUUGAUGGACGACAGCGACUCUGAGAAUAAGCAAGAGUCUAUGCCAGCCCUGAGCUUCCGGCAGACCAUGUGGCGAGCCUUUGAGAACCCCCAUACCAGCACCUUAGCCUUAGUCUUUUACUAUGUCACCGGCUUCUUCAUUGCCGUCUCUGUGAUCACCAAUGUAGUGGAGACUGUACCAUGUGGCACAGUCCCUGGCAAUAAAGAACUGCCAUGUGGAGAAAGGUACGAAAUGGCUUUUUUCUGCUUGGACACAGCUUGUGUUAUGAUUUUUACAGUUGAGUAUCUAAUGCGACUCUUUGCAGCUCCCAGUCGCUAUAGGUUCAUCAGGAGUGUGAUGAGUAUCAUCGAUGUGGUGGCCAUUAUGCCCUACUAUAUUGGCUUGGUGAUGACAGACAAUGAAGAUGUCAGUGGAGCCUUUGUGACUCUGAGGGUUUUCAGGGUGUUUCGGAUUUUCAAGUUCUCCCGUCAUUCCCAAGGCUUGCGAAUCUUGGGGUACACUCUAAAGAGCUGUGCCUCUGAGCUUGGUUUUCUUCUCUUUUCUCUCACUAUGGCAAUCAUCAUCUUUGCAACUGUGAUGUUUUAUGCAGAGAAAGGAUCUUCAGCCAGCAAGUUCACCAGCAUCCCAGCUUCUUUUUGGUACACUAUUGUCACCAUGACAACCCUUGGUUAUGGAGACAUGGUUCCCAAGACGAUCGCUGGCAAGAUAUUUGGCUCCAUUUGCUCACUGAGUGGUGUGCUUGUCAUUGCUCUGCCUGUCCCAGUUAUUGUUUCCAACUUUAGCCGGAUUUACCAUCAGAAUCAGAGAGCUGACAAACGACGAGCACAAAAGAAAGCCCGGCUGGCCAGGAUUCGCGUGGCCAAGACUGGCAGUUCCAACGCCUACCUUCACAGUAAGCGCAAUGGCCUCCUUAACGAAGCACUGGAGUUGACGGGGUCUAUGGAAGACGAGCACAACAUCAGCAAAGCCACUUCUCUAAUUGAAAGUCAGCAUCACCACCUACUGCACUGCUUGGAAAAAACAACUGGAUUGUCCUAUCUUGUGGAUGAUCCCCUGUUAUCUGUACGAACUUCCACUUUCAAGAACCAUGAGUUCAUUGACGAGCAGAUGUUUGAGCAGAACUGCCUGGAAAGCUCAAUGCAGAAUUACCCGUCCACUCGCAGCCCCUCCCUUUCAAGCCACCAAGGCUUGACCACCUCCUGCUGUUCUCGACGCAGCAAGAAGACAACACACCUCCCUAAUUCCAGCGUGCCAGCGACCCGGCUGCGGAGCAUGCAGGAGCUCAGCACCAUACAUAUCCAGUGCAGUGAGCAGCCCUCACUCACAACAAGUCGAUCCAGCCUCAAUAUGAAAUCAGAUGAUGUGCUGAGACCGAACUGCAAAGCCUCCCAAAUAACAACAGCAAUCAUCAGCAUCCCAACACCGCCAGCACUAACACCAGAAGGUGAAAGCAGGCCUCUCCCAUCCAGCCCCAGCCACUCUACGAACAUUACCACUGCGAGCAGCAACAUUGUCAAGGUUUCGGCUUUGUAAGGCUGUGCUGAUCAAAGGAGGCUGCUUGGAAGGCCAACCUUUCUCUCCCUUUCCCCACUUCCAUGUUCCUUCUUUGCUGCAAAUUGUGCCUAGAUGGAUGGCUGGAUGGACAGAUAGACCAACCUGACCAACAUCUAAGAAUUAACAGUGAGAGCCUAAUGAGGCAGCUUCCUUCAAACUCACGUUCAUGCUGCAGAGUGAGCUCAGAGGAAUUGAGAAGGUGGAGGGGCUGUGGAAAGGUGGUGGAAGGAUCUCUCUUUGUUCAUAAACAAGGUGAACCCUUGUUCCAGGUUGUGAGGCAUAGAAUAGUUUCCAGAAAGUGGAAAAGAAGUCCUGUCAUAGCUACAAGAAAGUCAAUA